AUGUCGAAAAAAAUCACAUCUGUUUAUGGCUUUAAAUUACAAGCUCUGGAGCGUCUUCUAUCCAGUACGUGGCAAAGCAAAGCAUGUAUUGAUAUUGAUACAUUGUCAAAUGAGACGCUAGCUCAGAUUCGAGAACGCGUGACAGCCUUUCUGUAUCAAAACCGAGACAAUUUUCCGCUUUGGGACAAACCGCCAUUAUCUCGGGAAGAGACAGCUCGACACUUGCGUACGAUAGUAGCGACGCUUUUGAAGACACCUUUGCUGCAAAAUCUAACGAUCGAACAACUGCUUGAAGUGGCAAAAGCUAUGAAAUGGCAAGUAGUGGCUCCUG